AUGCGGCGUCUGGCGAACUCGCCCAGCCGAUCGUCUCGUGAAUGGGCGCGCCUUGUGCGGGACGCGGCACCCGUGCGGAUUUUCACAGGGGUGGAGGAACUGCUGCGGGAGUUGGACGAGGCAAAAGUCCCCAGUCCUAGCGUGGUCCUGUUGCACCACGUGCGUUUCGCGCACAACGUGGGCGCCGCGCUGCGCUGUGCGCAGCUGCUGGGCGCUCAGGGCACGGUACUGCUGGGCGGCGUGGCGGAGCAGGCCAGCAGGUUUGAAGAAGCGCUGCGCAUUUCCAUGGCGCAACGGCACCAAUGGCGCCUGCGCGUGGCGGCCACGGCGACGCCGGCGACGAUGCAGGUGUUGGACGCUUUCAAAAGGUACAACUACACAAGAAUUUGCGUUGAAACCGACACAGCGGGCCUCUCAUCGCCACCAACCAGUUUGCAGCAAGCGAAUCUGUGCGGUGCAGCAGCCUUCGUCUUUGGUGCUGAAGAUGUUGGAGUGCCCUUUGAAGUGGCCGAAAGCUGUGAUGAGUUGAUCUCCAUCCCCACGCUGGGCAAAGGUUCCCUGAACAUCUCCCACGCUGUGGCUUUGGUCCUCUACGAACGCCAGCGGCAGCUGAUGGCAGCUGAUGGUCGGUACACCGAGGAAGGGAUCGAAACCUUAUCCCGCCUAGUGAAACGUGUUCUGGCACGGAUGGAGGUCUGCUUGCACGACCUCAGCGUCACCGUCACGACGAAGCCAUGCCUCUUGCGUGGACGGCUGUCCAGCGCCGCUCGGAGAGUCACCCCGUGA